AUGCCGCGCCAUGGGGCAAACAAAAAGGGCCCUAUGUCCAUUCAACUGAUAAAUCACAAGGUCUAUCAGCCGGGUGACACUAUCCUUGGGAUGGUCACGAUCAAGCAGGGGGCCAAGGAGAAGCCAGUGACAAACCUGGCCCUGAAGCUAUGCUGCCGGGCCAAGGUCAAGAUCGAUAAACACGACUCAAACUCUAGAAGAAUCUACCGAUCAAGAGCGUUCUUUUUGCAAACAAGCGAGGCUGUGGCUGUUGAUAGCCGUAAUCUCGACUCUGAGGGCAAUACCUGCGCAUCUUUCAGUGUCGAUAUACCAGCAGUCCCAGCAAAGUGUCCCGGCAGCGACGUGUUCGACCGAUCUGGUGAUUUCCGCUCAAACAAGGGUUCACCGCAGGAAGAACUGCCAGGCAUCUUCUACUUGGGCUCCAGCCGCAGCUUCUGGGCCGGCGUCAAACAGGAGGCGUAUAUCGAGUACUGGCUUGAAGCUCACAGCUCCUUGGUUAGCCACCCAGCGACGUACCCGCUCUUCGUGCGCCCACGGUCCGCGGAGAAGCCGACGCAAGAUUUCAACUUCUUGACCAAGAGAUACCACGUCAGCCUCGUCUCGCAGAGGCUACAGUCGGAACAUGCCGGUACCGAGCUCACGUUCCGACAGAAAAGUCGACGCUUCUUCACACCGGGCAAGGUGCCCAAGUAUACCUUCCGAGUGAUGCUGAGCGUCCCGCGGACCUACCAGCUCGAGCACCCGGAACCGCUGCCGCUGAAAUUAUGGCUCAACCCAAUUCUGAACGAGAAGAGUAUUACGAUAUACAACGGUAAUCUGGCAGCGCUGCCGCCGGUGACGCUGAGGACUGUGCACGCCAGUCUCAAGAGCACGUGCGAAGUGCGAGCCCCUGGUACGCUCACAGACCACGAAGCAUCGGCGGACUCAAAGCACGCGCAGCGCCGCGGCAUCUCAACCACCCCCAACCGCGCUGGACCUGGGCAGGCCCUCAGCAUCCGCGUCUCGCAUGGGGGAAUGUCAAAGCAGGGGUCUCGACGCGCCGCGACAACAGCCGGCGAGGAGAAGAUCUACCCGUCGUUCGCGACGUACAACAUCGCGCUCUCGUACCGACUCAGCCUGAAGCUGCACCUGAUAUGCGGCGGGGAGGAGCGCGAGCUCGAAUACGCGGGCCCGAUCGAGCUGCUCGCCGCCUCGGAGGAGCAGGCGAGGGCGCGGGAGGAGGCGCUCGGGGAGGAGGGCAUGCGGAGGAAUUACGAUGGUCUGGAUGUGGCUUUGGGGACUGCUGGGGAUGUUAUUGAGGGUCUUGGUGAUAUACUCGAGGCUGCACUUGGAUAG